UAGCUCUUAAAUCUGUAUAAUGACAUUUUGUUUUCUCAGCCUUCAUGAAGUGUGAAAUUUUCGUUUUUGCAGUGCACCACUUUUUGCUUACCUGAAGAAUGCUUUUUAACUGAAUGAAGCAGUUACUGAGAAUAAGAUGUGAAAGAGGAAAUGAGCUGAAUAUUUUCCUUAUUAAACAGAUAGUGAAUAUGCCUAAAAAGAAGACUGGUGCUCGUAAGAAAGCUGAGAACCGUCGAGAACGUGAAAAGCAGAUAAGGGCUUCAAGAGCCAACAUAGAUUUGGCCAAACAUCCUUGUAAUGCUUCAAUGGAAUGUGAUAAGUGCCAAAGACGACAGAAGAACAGAGCUUUUUGCUACUUCUGUAACUCUGUUCAGAAAUUACCCAUUUGUGCACAAUGUGGAAAAACCAAAUGCAUGAUGAAGUCUUCAGACUGUGUCAUAAAACACGCUGGUGUGUACGGUACUGGACUAGCUAUGGUGGGUGCAAUCUGUGAUUUCUGUGAAGCUUGGGUGUGUCACGGGAGGAAGUGUCUCAGCACACACGCGUGUAUCUGCCCUCUCGCAGAUGCAGAAUGUAUUGAGUGUGAAAGAAGUGUCUGGGACCAUGGAGGCAGAAUAUUCGCCUGCUCUUUUUGCCAUGAUUUCCUCUGUGAAGACGAUCAGUUUGAACAUCAAGCCAGCUGCCAAGUUCUGGAAGCAGAGACAUUUAAAUGUGUUUCCUGUAACAGGCUUGGGCAGCAUUCAUGCCUGCGCUGUAAGGCUUGUUUUUGUGACGACCAUGUGCGAAGUAAGGUCUUCAAGCAGGAAAAAGGAAAAGAGCCUCCUUGCCCUAAAUGUGGCCAUGAAACUCAGCAGACAAAGGAUCUGAGCAUGUCAACCCGCUCCUUGAAGUUUGGCCGACAGACUGGAGGAGAAGAUGCAGAUGGAGCUUCUGGUUAUGAUGCCUACUGGAAAAACCUCUCCUCCAGCAAGACUGGAGAUGCAGGUGACCGUGAGGAUGAAUAUGAUGAAUACGAAGCAGAAGAUGAUGAUGAAGAUGACAAUGAUGAGGGAGGGAAGGAUUCAGAUUCUGAGACCACGGAUGUCUUCAGCAAUUUGAAUUUAGGAAGGACCUAUGCUAGUGGGUAUGCACAUUAUGAGGAAUCAGAAGAUUAAGCCUAGUAUGCUGGCAAGCUAAAAACACUUGGAAGGAGCCAAGCGAUGCUUCACUGAGUUGUGUACACGCCAGUAGGAUAGCUCUAUCAGGUACUUACAUAUCAAAGUUAGAGAAUUAACAGUGUGGGACUUCUGCUGUAACUCCAAGGGGGACUUUUCUUUUAUAUGAACCAAUGGUUCUGGGACUGGGGGAAAAAAUCAGAAUACUUCUAUUCCCCUAAGCAGCAGAAGGUUGUGUCCCUGAGUUACUGAGUAUAAUGGUUCAAUGCCAUUUUCUCGUAUCAACAUGGGAAUGUGGGAGAGCUGUAGAACUUGCUUCCAUUUGCUCAUCAGAGAUUAAGUUAUUUUUUACAAUCAUUUUGUUAACUGAUUUCAUACUUUAAUGCAGUGGUGGGUUGGUGACUGCGGUUUUUUUUUUGGUCUGCACAAUAAAAGUCAACUGCAUUCUCUAA